AUGGCGGAAGAAGAGAACCAGUUUGAAGAAUUUGAGCAGAUAGACUUUUUGAGAGACCGACAUGUCCGAUUCUUCCAGAGGACCUUGCAGGUGUUGCCUGAGCGGUACGCGUCGCUGGAAACAACCCGGUUAUCUAUUUUAUUCUUUGCCCUGUCUGGUCUGGAUGUGUUGGAUGCCCUGGAGGUGGUGGAUAGUAAAGUGAUGAUUGAGUGGAUUUACUCACAACAAGUUCUACCCACCCAGGAUAAAUCCAACCUGAACCGUGGAGGGUUUCGUGGAUCAGCACAUAUUGGGAUUCCUUACAGCACGAAGGGUCCAGGUGUGCUUCAUCCGUACGACAGCGGCCAUGUUGCCAUGACCUACACCGGCUUGUGCUCACUGUUAAUCCUUGGAGACGACCUGAGUCGGGUGAACAAAGAAGCCGUUCUGGCUGGCCUCAAAGUGCUGCAGCUCGAGGACGGCAGUUUCUAUGCCGUGCCAGAAGGAAGUGAGAAUGACAUCCGGUUUAUCUACUGUGCAGCUAGUAUCUGUUACAUGCUGGAUGACUGGUCAGGCAUGGACAUCCAGAAAGCCAUCGAUUAUAUCCGGGGAAGUUUGUCGUAUGACAAUGCAUUUGGCCAAGGAGCUGGGAGAGAAUCUCAUGGUGGUUGGACGUACUGUGCCAUAGCCUCGCUGUGCCUGAUGGGCCGGCUGGACGAGGCUCUGAGUCCGCGCGAGCUGAACAGGAUCCGGCGCUGGUGCAUCAUGAGGCAGCAGAGCGGCUUCCACGGACGUCCCAACAAACCUGUGGAUACGUGCUACUCCUUCUGGGUGGGAGCUACACUGGAGCUCCUGGAUGUGUUCCAGUUCACACACUUUGAGAAAAACAGGAGCUUCAUUCUGUCCACGCAGGAUCGUUUGGUCGGCGGCUUCGCCAAGUGGCCUGACAGCCAUCCAGACCCUCUUCACGCCUACUUGGGUCUGUGUGGCCUGUCUCUGAUUGGAGAGCCUGACCUAAAGAAGGUCCACCCAGCUCUUAACAUCACCCAGAGAGCCUUUCAGCACCUCCAGCAGCUGCAGCAGACGUGGAGGGACAACGCCGGCAGCUGCGUCGGACAGCAGUGAAAGCAGGACGAUUUACUGCGCUAACUCUGGAGCACACGCCGUCUGUCAGUCACCGGUUGAAGGCGGCUGGAUUUCUGCCGCGUCUCAGAUAUUUGGCUGCUCAAGAAGUUUGAAUUGUUUGGAAUUGCGAGGGUUUAAACACUUGAGGACCUCAUUUAAAGUCCAUCUAAAGCAACUUAUUUGUUGAGCAAUAUAUGCCACACCUCUUUGCUGCCUUUAAAAAAAAAGAAAGAAAACAAAAAAACAAGUAGUUGUUAAUAAAGUUAUGCGGUGCGAUUUGUGAAAAUACAAUAUAAUAAUGUGCCAGGAAGUGUAAUUCACUGGAGACUUGAACAAACGUCAGAUGCCUCCAUCUUUAUUUUAUGGCCUUUUUUUUUAAAAUUAUGACACUUUUCUUCAAAGAUAUAUUGCUUUACUUCCUUUUCUCUGCUUUGCUAACCUGCCUGGCGCUUUCGUCCGCAUGUAGCUGCUGAAUGUUUUUGACCUCUCAUGAUGCACCAGGUCUUAAUGGGUCAUGACUUCUGCUCCUCAGUUUGAAAUCUGAUACCAUCCCUACAGGUUUACUCCCUUAAGCUUCUCGCUGCAAUGUUUUCCAGUUUCACCACUGCAGGCUUUAAUUUUCAAAGCUCAAGAGAUUGAAAUAAAAAUGGAACUGCUCGGGUGACAUUUGAACUGGGGCUAAAUGUACCUCAGUUGCUGAUUAGUUACGAAUUUUAAGAAGAUUAUGGAAUUGGUUUCACUCGAAGCCUUUUUAUGGGGAUUUUAUCUGACAGACCACACCCUGCGUGGCUCGUAAUUAUGCAAUGGAAGGAAAAUUGUACAACGUUUUCAGAAAUCUAAAGUGCGGAGCAUUUCUUUGUGUUCUGUUUGUUUAGUUCCUCUUUGGAAAAUGGGUUAAUCUCCUUUUAUAUUUGAUGAAGAGCACCUACAAACAUUGGAUUCUCCACUGGACGCAGUUCUGGACUUUGACUGGGCCAUUUUAACACAUCAAAACGCUGUGUUCUAACACAUUUAAUUGUACCUCUAGCUGUGUGCUUGGGGUUAUUUUCCUCCUCCUCUCCCUGAGUCUAAAGAGUUUUGCUUCCAAUAAGAGACUUUCAUCAUCCCUGACUAGUUUUAUCAUUCCUAGUGAAAAUGAAGCUUCCCACCACCAUGUUUAAAGUUGGGAAAGCUGUGUUGGGGUUUAGGGUUGGAUUUCCAUCACAUGUCGCCUUUUGCUUGUGAGCCUAAAAGUUUUGGUCUCAUCCGACCAGAGCCUUUUCUUCCUCGUUUGCUUUGUGUCAAACUCCAAACAUGGCUUCUUCUGUGAGGAUCACACAUGUGAGGAGGAAACGCUCAUACUUUUAACGUCAGCAGAUUGUCCCACCUGAGCAGUGGGUCCAUGCAGCUCCUCCAGAGUUAACCUGGGCCUCUUGGUUGCUUCCACGGUUUAUUCUCUCCUGUCAGUGAUUUUUUAAAAUUUAUUUAUUAUUUUUUUAAUUUAUUUACUUUUGAAGGUGAUUGGUAGCAGUAUAUUUUAUUUAGGUUGUCAUCAUUCAGAUUUUUUUAAAAAUAAUUUUGAAAUCCGUGUAAUUUUCCUUCCACUCCCAUUAAAGUUUGCAGAAAUUGUAAAAAAAAAAAAAAGAAUUAAGAGUAUGAAUAAUUUUGUCAAACGCUGUAAAUCUCCCCUCUUUAAUUAAAACCAAAUCUCCUCUUAUAAGCAGCAGUGUGUUAGGGAGGCUCCUCAUGACCUCUGAACCGAACUCAUUCACCUGCUUCCUCCUCCCCUGUGAGGUCGCAUCCAGCUGGAAAUCAGCGGGGAGAUUAGACAAUGGCAUCAUAACCAGAGGAAACGGUUCUUUGAACUGUUUAUUCGUAACUCCAGAAAGGAUGCAGGAUGAAAUAAAGAACAAUGGAUAUGACUGUACCUCCUUAUGUCAGGAAGCAAAAACGGCUUUUGUCCUUCAUGAUCGCUCCUUAGCUGUUGAUCGCCAACAGAACCGACUGUAAGAAGGACUUCUGGCUUUACGUUCAGUUCAUUCAGACUUCUAUGCAGGUGUUUGAGCUGAGGUCCAAAAUGGCGUUCAUGACCUGGCAAAGAGAGUCUUUCCACCUUUUGCCUUUACAUCAGUCUUCUGUCUCGCAGCAAAAAAAAAAAAAAACAUUUCCAGCUUCCACACAUCGCUGCUUGAAGCAACGCCUUUUAUUUAUUUUGAGGCCACAGUGUGAGGUAACACCUGCUCCCCUCGUUGACACGUGAUGAGAUGCUUUGAAAGCCUGUCAGAAGCACAGCUGCCCGUCUGCUGCCUGUUUACCUGCACCUCUUCUCUGUGUGCAGACGCGCCUGUGACUGCAUUUACAAGUCAUUCGGACGCUGGGUCUGCUAUCAGGGAAAAAAAGGGGAGAAGAUGUGAGGAGAGCUGAAUGAAUAAAUAACGUGAGCCAUCCAUUAUUAAAAGUCAGCUGUCAGAGGCUGGAUUCAGCUCUUUGAAUCCAGACCAAAUCCUCGGCUUUGGUGUGAAAACAAUGGGAUUCUUAACUAAUGUGCGUUAUUGUUUAUUUUGCACUGAUCUGAAACAAUUUCUCUUUCUCAACUAAUGUUACCAUGUUCUUAUUAUAUAUACAUAAUACAUAGAAACCAUUACCACAAAACGCUUUGGCAUUUUUUAAAAUGUUGCUGAAAUGUGUGGAUUUUUUCUAUUCUAACACACUCUAAUAUUGUGUUUUCUUUACCUAUAUGCUAUAAGCCUGUUCUCUUUAGUUGAAUAUAAAGCUAACUGGAGCACUGUACGUAAUCAGUUUUCUUCUUGGUUUCCUACCCAAAUGAUCCAGUUUGACUUUUAUUUGUCUGUGUACAUAGAUGAAGUCACAUGGUGAAGCCACUUUCUCCAGCUUGCCUCCUUAUUGUGCCUAAUGGAUUGUUUUCUGUCGCUGCUCUCUGAAUGCUUUGCUUUUGUUUGCUUCUCUUAUUGCCUAAUUUAGAUUUUGCUUGGAUCCUUCUAUGAAAAAUGAGUAUGUGAAUAUUCAGUGAAUAUCAAGUUAACAUACAAAGAGGGAAGUGUAACCUGGAUAUUUGUUUAGAUUCCACAGGACAAUAUGUGUUGUUUACAUGUGUGAAGAUCAGAUAUAAGUAUGCUACUUUCUGAUUGGUAUUGUCCAGAAAUAUGUUAGGAAUUAUUUUGACAUUUGACACCGAGUGGCACUUACCAGUGCUAAUAAAUGAUUAUUUUAGCUCAUAUUACACAGGAGAUGGGGCCUUCAGUUCCAGCAGCAUGAAAUAAAGGCAGCACUGCUUUGUGCUUCCAAAAGCUGUGAAAGGAUUGUCCCAGAGAUGCAGCCAAAACACCACAUGCCGUUUUACCAAGCACUGCUAUACAUAUUGUAACGAUAAAUCAUGUAACAAAAAAAUAUAAUGGAGUUUAUUUUUUCUAUGCUUUCUAGAAAUGUUGGUGUAGAUAAAUGUAAAUGUCUAUAAAGAUGCGACUUUUGCUGGAGAAGUGACCAGAAAGUCUUUACAUUUCUGGACCUGCAGGUCGUGGUGUGUGACGUGUUCUUGAAGUGCGGCUUUUCGAGUUUGGACUCAUGCUGAUUCUCGCUUGGCACGGAAAUUGUAUUUAUGGUAAAUAAAACGUGUACUAACUUUGA